AAGAGAAGAGCAGAGUACUCUUUUCCUUCACAAUGGUUGAACCCAACGCUCUGCCUCUGUACGAAAAAGCUGGAGUUCGUAGACCAGUACAGAGAGUAUUGGAUGUUACCAUCUUCUUCCUCCUCCUUUUACUGCUCGCCUAUCGCCUCCUCGUCCUCCAUCGCCAUGGAUUCACUUGGCUUCACGCACUUGCCUUCCUCUGCGAGUGUUGGUUCACUUUCACUUGGGCUCUCCUUGUCAAUGUCACAUGGAAUCCGGUUGAUUACAAAACGUAUCCAGAACGCCUCCUCAAACGAGUCGAGGAUCUUCCUCCGGUGGAUGUAUUUGUUACGACGGCGGAUUCGGUGCUUGAGCCACCGAUAAUCACCGUUAACACGGUGCUGUCUUUGUUAGCCGUCGAUUAUCCGGCCAAUAAACUGGCUAUCUAUGUUUCUGACGACGGUUGUUCUCCACUCACUUUCUAUUCCCUCACUGAAGCCCUCAAGUUUGCUAAAACUUGGGUUCCUUUUUGUAAGAAGUAUAAGGUUGAAGUUAGGGCUCCGUUUAGGUAUUUUUCUAAUGAUUUAAGCUCCGAUGGAACAGAGGAAUUCCAGUGCGAGUGGAGGAGAGUUAAGGAUGAGUACGAGAAGCUACGCCGAACUAUCGAGGAACCAGCCAAAAAUUUUGCUUCUCGCGAGCUUACGGGCGAUUUGGCAGAUUUCUCUAACGCGAACUCAAAAGAUCACCCCCCUAUAAUCAAGGUAAUUUGGGAGAACAAGGAAGGGCUCUGGGAUGGAUUGCCUCAUUUGAUUUAUGUCUCGAGAGAGAAGAAACCCCAACAUCCACAUCAUUACAAAGCUGGUGCAAUGAAUGCUUUGGCCAGAAUUUCUGGAUUGAUGACCAACGCGCCGUAUAUGUUGAAUGUAGAUUGUGAUAUGUUUGUGAACAAUCCUGCUGUUCUUUUACAAGGAAUGUGUCUCUAUCUAGACCCAAUUAUUGAUAAAGAGUAUGCAUUUGUUCAGUUUCCCCAAUGCUUUUACAAUGGACUCAAGGAUGAUCCCUUUGGGAACCAAUGGAUUGUCAUGAUGGAGUUCACUUUUCGUGGAGCGGCAGGGAUUCAAGGGCCUGGUUAUAUGGGAACAGGAUGUAUCCAUAGACGAAAAGUCAUGUAUGGUCAAUCCCCAGAUGGUACAAAUAUCAGCGGUAAAGAUCGUGACGAUGAAUUGCAUAAAACAUUUGGAAAUUCGAAAGAUUUUGUGAACUCAGCCGCUCAUGCUCUGAGAAGCCUUACUGAUUAUCCACACGGCCUAUCCAAUUCUAUCAAAACAGUAAACGAAGUUGCUACCUCUGACUAUGAACGCGCUUCUUGUUGGGGUACCAAGGUGGGUUGGCUAUAUGGAUCGUUAUUGGAGGAUAUGUUGACUGGGUCUGAGAUCCAUAAGAAAGGCUGGAAAUCUGCCUACCUUACACCAACUCCACCAGCCUUCCUAGGAUGCGCGCCCUCAGGCGGUCCAAUUCCAUUAAACCAUCAGAAGAGAGCAAUGACAGGACUACUUGAAAUUUUAUUCAGCAAAAGAUGCCCCUUGUUCAGUGCUCUCUUUGGUAAGCUCCAAUUCAGGCAACGUAUGUACUCUGUGUGGAUAUGUCUUUGGGGCAUUCGUUCUAUCCCAGAGAUUUGUUAUGCUACUCUGCCAGCAUUCUGUUUGAUUGCCAACUCCCAUUUCUUGCCCAAGGUACAAGAACCAGUAGCAUGCAUCCCUAUUCUUCUCUUUGUGUUUUACAAUCUGCAGCAGCUGUUACAGUAUUUGGAAACAGGCCAAUCAGCAAGAGCCUGGUGGAAUAACGAGAGAAUGGCGAGGAUAAACACAAUCUGUGCUUCCUCGCUUGGAGCAGUGGCAGUCGUCCUCAAGCUAUUAGGACUGUCAGAGACUGUGUUUGAAGUGACAAAAAAGGAAUCGUCUUCCUCGAGUGAUGACACAGACAGUUGUAGCUAUGGGGACUUGGGUCGUUUCACAUUCGAUGAGUCCCCAGUGUUUGUACCUGGAACCACCAUUUUGAUUAUUCAACUGGCAGCGCUUUCAGUCGCUUUAUUAAGGAUAAGGCAGCCCGUUGUGCAAGAGUUUGGGGUGGGGGAGGUGAUGUGCUGUGUGUGGUUGAUUUUGUGCUUCUGGUCGUUCUUGAAGGGGAUGUUUGCAAAGGGAAAAUAUGGGCUUCCAUGGCCCACCUUGCGCAAGUCCAGUGCUUUCGCAUUCUUGUUUGUGUCCUUCUGUAUUAUGUCUACAAAGUGAGACGAAUAAAUGUUUGUCUGUUUAAUUACUUGUAAUCAAGGUAGAAACAUUAUGGAUAAUUUUGAAA